CACAUCCUGUUUAGGAAACCAAGGUUGGCCUAAGGAGUGGUUAAUGCGCCCAGAAGAUAUAUGUUUCAACGUCUAACCAAAAUGAAGGUGGGUGAAUCCUGAAACCUUAUCAGAUGCAUAUCGUCAGAAAAAAUAACUUCUUUCAUUCUGGUUGUUUCGUUAAUGGACGCAAUGAUUCGAAUAUCAUCCCCAUUCGCCAUCUUCAACAAACCCCACGACUCUCCAACCUCCUUUUCCUUUUCUGUUCCCUUCUCUCUCAACAAAAACGUCGGCGGUUCAAGAAAUCAUCAAAAGCUGGGCAGUAGCAAAAGUAGCAGAAACGACGCCGUUUUCGACGAGGCGGCAUUCGAGGCUGAGAGGCUCACCCUCGACGCCAGAGCUCGCGAAUCCAUGGCAGAGGCUUCCAAGAGGGAGACCGAAACGGACCCCAAAGCUUGGAAAUGGGUUAUCCGAAAGAGGGUUUGGGAUUUCAUGGAGACCCGCAACAUUGCCCAAAAUCCUCGCCCCGUUCACCACCGUAUCCCCAAUUUUGUUGGCGCUGCAGCUGCUGCUCAGAAAUUGGGUGGGUUGGAAGCAUUUGGGGUUGCCAAAUGUGUGAAAGUUAAUCCAGAUUCGCCACAGAAGCAAGUGAGGUUCCUCACACUCUCUGGUGGAAAACAGCUAUUAACUCCUCAGCCUCGUUUAAGGACGGGCUUUUUCUCUGUUCUGGAAUCAAGUAUGUUAACCCCUAGCACCAUCAAUGAGGCAUGCACCUCUGUAGGUGUUGCCAAAUAUGGACGGCCAAUUGGAUUAGAUGAGCAGAUCAAGGUGGACCUUAUUGUCAUAGGCUCAGUUGCCGUUGACCCAAAGACUGGUGCACGACUUGGCAAGGGUGAGGGGUUUGCAGAACUUGAAUACGGGAUGUUGCGGUACAUGGGAGCCAUAGAUGACACUACUCCUAUUGUCACCUCAGUACAUGAUGAGCAAUUGGUCGAUGACAUUCCUGUUGAGAAGCUGUUAAUCCAUGACGUGCCAGUUGAUAUUAUAUGCACCCCAACCCAAGUUAUUUUUACCAACACCUCAAUCCCAAAGCCUCAAGGGAUCUACUGGGACAAAUUAUCUCCUGAGAAGCUUGGUCAAAUUCGAAUACUCAGAGAACUCAAGAGUAGGAUUGAAGGAGAAACCGGACAGAAGCUCCCCUGUGGUCCAUCUGAGAAAUUGCCACCUACAGCUAAGCGGAAGCGCUGAUCUGUCUUAUGUUUAUUUUGUAUUGAACACAGACAGAAGAACUGAAGAAGAAAACAAACAUAUCUCUAUUAUGUUUAUUUUAUACUUGAAUGAAGACAGAAGCAAAUAACAUUUAUAUAAAUUACACCCAUGAUAUGUGUAACAAAGAAAUAGUCCCCUUCCCAAAUGGUUAUGUAUGUAUUGGUUUGGGCUAUAAUGAGUGGAAAAAUGUAUGUCUUAGUGGUCCCCUUCCCAAAUGGUUAUGCAUGUAUUGGUUUGGGCUA